AUGACACCUCCGCCAGAUCCCAGCAACCUCGCGAGCAACCCCCCCACAAUAACAACCGACAAAGCGAAUAGCACCAAGCGGCUCCCCACGCCCCGAACCCUCCUCACCACCCUCCUCAACGCCAUCUCGGCCAUCCCCCUCGCACCACCACCGCCACCACCACCACCACCACCACCACCAUCAUCAUCAUCAUUAUCAUCAUCAUCACUGCCACCGGGCGCCGCCACCGCCGUCAACGCCGCUACGGGGGAGACGGGCCGCCGCGGUCGCCGCGACGAGAACCCGCUCCGCCGCGUCCCGCCCUCCCACCGCCACCUCAUCACCACCCUGCACGCCCUGUUCCCGGGCCUCGUCCUGCCGGCGCUGGACCUGCUCGAGAGGGGGCUCGUCGCGGGGGUGGUGCGCCCGCACGACGCGCGGCGCGAGGGCCACGGCAGCGGCGGCAGCAGCAGCAGCGGUGGCGGCGGCGAUGGUGGUGGCGCGACGGGAGGAAUCGAGGGCUUGCCACGCCGGGCUAGGGUGCAGGGCGAGGGCGAGGGCGAGGGCGAGGACGGCGGGAGCGAGGGCACAGGAAGGUGUUCUGGGCCGAGGAGCGGGAAGCGGUACGCGUUCUUCAUCGUGCAGUCGGCGGCUGCGGCGGAGGCUCGCGAGAGGGGACGGAGGCGGAAGCGCGGAGGCGAGGACGGCGGCGGCGAGGACAGCAGGGGCGGGCUGUGUGCUUCCGCCCUGAACAGCGGGAACGCGUCUAUCGUGCGGCUUGACGCGUGGCACUGCAAUUGCGCUGCGUUCGCGUUCGCUUCCGUUCAGGGGGACGGCGCUGGCUCUCGGGGCUGUCGAGGCGUGAGAGGGGAUACGGGGAUGUGUCACGAUAACGAACAUGGGGCUGCUUUGGCCGCCGACGAGGAUCAUGUGGAAAGAGGAGCGGAGGGACCAUGGUCGUUUGGUGGGUUGAGCCUGGAUGGCACGGGGGCUGGGGCUGGCGAAGGGAUUCCGGUCUGUAAACACUUACUGGCCUGCCUGCUGGCUGACAGAUGGCAUACCGCGCUGGGGAGUUAUGUGAUCGAGAAGACGAUGCAGAGGGAGGAGAUGGCAGGGAUCCUGGCAGAGAUAUGA